AUGUUCGGAACCCUUAUGCACGAGCCGGAAAGGCGACCGUUAAUGUAUUUGUCUCGAGAGGCCCGGCGCAAGAAGGGGUCAACCAGUCGUAAGACCGAAUCUUCUGCGCCAGACAGAGCCGAAAGUGGUAGCAAUGUUGCUGGGGAAGAGGGAGAACAGAGUUGUGGAGAAGAUGGUGCAUGGGAGUCGGCACCUGAGCGGGGGGACAACGACGCGCAACCGUCAACAGCACAAACGGAUAUGGUCAUUUUCGAGACCGACCUGGAGUUGGACUGCCGGGUAGACGUCCCUGGAAACUUUCUAUCACCGUACUACAUUGACGGCAGCAAUGCUACUAAGGAUAUGGUAUGGAAAGAGCUUGGAUGA